GUUGUUUACGUAAGUAGCGUACAGCGUGACGCUGUUUUGUUUAAUUUUCUGCUCAAAUAUAAGGGGCGGCAGACAAAGUAUUUAUUUGUUAUGGAAAUAAAAUAAACCAGCCAAACAGAGUUCACAGAUGUCUGCGCCUGCUGCAAGUUCAUCACUGGAUUAUUGCAGAUCAAAAAGCCUCAAGCAAGAACUUCAGGACUGACCACAAUGCUGUAAUGUAUACUGUAAAAACUGUGACAUUAUGUAACAACAUGGCAGAAGCACUGUUACACAUGGGCAAUAAAUAACACAAAGUGGUUCAAGCACACACUGUAUGUUUAACACUCCGUGAAUGAGGGAGACUGACCAGCAGCCUUACUUGUCCACGUUCCUGACUUUUAACUCUGCACACAAACCCACAUGUAAACAAAUGAAAAUGCUCACCACCAUGACAUAUCGAAUGCCCAACUUCACCCUGGAGCAGAAACUCUACCUGCUCCAGAAGAUCCACAGCGUGGUGGACGCUGUGCAGGACUUCCGCAAGGACACCAACACCACUGUGUACCGCAACGCUGUGUGGGCCGAGCUAGCGCAGGCCUUCAACGAGGCCUUUCCCAAUCGACCGCCCAGCAGCGUUGGCUCCCUCAAGACUCUGUGGAAGCGACUGAAGGUGGAGUGUCGCGUGGCGUUGCAGAGACGUCAGGAACAGCAGGCAGCUGGCAUGCCUCUCACUGCCCUCACUCAGGUACAGAGAGAGGUAAUGGCUCUGGUGCCAAACCUGAUCUCCAACAUUGAGGACAUAGAUGGAGAUGCCAGCUGUGCCUUGGUUACAAACAGCUCACCUACAGCAGUGACUGGGGGUUCCAAUGGAAAUGAGCAAGAGGAUCCUGACCAAAACAAUGAGGUUGACAGUAAAGAGCUUGUAGCCAUCGACCUCGGCUUAGUCUCACCUGCUGAACCCCCACAGAAUUCUGGGACGCCUCCUGGCUCUGCAUCCUCUCCCCCUUCGCAUAUCUUCUUCUCUCAUUCCAGCACUUCAAGGGGAACCCAUCAGCGCUCUUCAGUCUUCUACCCCAGCCAAUCAAGAGCUGGCUCAGGUUCAGGGUCUAGAUCUGCGAGUACAGACCCCCCACGCAGAGUAUUAGCAGUACCUCAGGUCGCUCCCAUAGCACCAGCGGAGAAAGCCUUUUUGAUUCGGGACUCUCAGGAGCUAGAUUCUGGGUGGGAGACUCGCAGACAGGAAGCACUGGAGCUCGAGCACCAGCAGACCAUGAGCCUGCUUCUGCUUCAGCAGUGUGUGUGGGAAGAGAAAAGGAGAGCCGCACGGCAGAAGGAGAAGGCAGCACGGGCCAAGAAGCGCUACUACCAGGCCAAACUGCACAAACUGGGGGUUGAGGUUCGGCUUUCCAGCAGCGAUAGCGAUGAUGAAGGGGAAGAGCACCCCCGAACAUGAGCACUGACUUUUCUAAAGUGUCUUUUGUAGUCAUUUAUGUGUAUUUGUGUUUUUUAUCAAUGUAUUUAGUUUUUUUUUUAAUCUUAAUAUGAAAACAGAUUUUAUUUUUAGCAAUCUUGUAUUAUAGUCCCAGAAUAUGUCUGAUUGUCUCUUUUUUUUUUAGUAUGUGUGUCAGUUUUGUGAAUCCGUGCUACUCAACCUGUUCCAAAUUGAAAGCGUCUUCAUUUCGAUCAGUAGAUCUUCCACUAAAAGUAGCUGUGGGUGCAACCAAUCCAUGGUGGAACUUAAAUGUAAUGGUAUUAUCUCUCAGGUUUUCUUUGUUGUUUCAGUGUUUUAAUAUGUUGUGGUUAGUUGAUGUAAGACCUUUAAGGGCUGAUACCUGAUGAGAGGCUGAAGUUGUGUUUGAUUUUGUAUUGUGGUAUUACCUAAAAAAAAAGUGUUGCACAAAGUGUGAACUGUUAGAUGUAACGGACGAUUUUGCCUUUACAGUUUUAACUGAGAAGGCAAGAUACGGAGAGGAAUGUGUUUUAGUGUUUUAAUGUCGUAACUCUGGGUGUAUAUCAGUAUAAUUGUUCAUUCUCAGGGUGUGUUUGUCUGGCCAGUGGGCUCCUGGCAACAGGAAGUUGUCAACCACUACCAAGCUCAUCAACCAAUACCAUUUUUGAAAAACUUUCAGGUAAAAAAGGUAAAAAAAAAAAAAAACAAGACCAGAACACUGCUAGCAAUAAUUUUUUUUUAAUGACCAACAUAUCUCUUGUACGGUUUCUGUGGUAACCAACAAGCCGCGGCAGCUGUUUCCCCACUGGAACCUUCCACCAUUUAAACGGGAUAGCAGAUCUCCCAUAAUAAACACAUUAUCAGGUGAUAACCCUUCCAA